UUAUCAUUUUUUAAUAGAUAACUCCCAUAAGAAGACAAUUGGAGAGGUCGCAAGUCACCUCCCUGUCCCUGUUUUUCUGUCUCGUCUCUUAUCUGAUCGAGCUCCACAUCUGCGGCCAUACAGCCUGCGGCGACCUCUGGUGACCUCGGCUUCGUCUCCAAGACCACGCUUGUGCUGCCGAUGCUACUGUGUUGCGCCGAUGCUCUAAACCGCGGCUGCGGCCAGCUGACGACCACGUCGAUCUCUCCGCCUCCAAGACCACGCUUGUGCUGCCUUCGUGAAGCUCCCUGUCUUGGCUGCUGCAGCAAACGCGGUAGACCUUGUUGAGCUCCCGAUCUACAUCGUAGCUAGGGCCACCAGCACACUAUGGAUAUCUUCGAAUUUGGAGUAUCUAGCUGCUCUUGGAUCCUCUUCGAUGUUCGAUCUGGUCUGAGGAGGCUCUUGGUUCCAAGAGUUGACUAACUGACUUGUGCACACAAGUCCACCUAAUACCGAAGUAUUGAACUAGGGAAGACAACAAGACUUUGGUGGUACAACUACAACUGCUGAACACAUCGUUCACAGUUCCUCUGCUCUGUCUGCGCUCUCUCUGCCGCAACGCAACUGGUUGCCACGUGCGCAAGAGAGGAGAGGCCUGUAGCCAUGAGCGUGGUAGGAUAGAUGAAAGCGGGAGCCAUUGUGAAGCAUGUCGCUGGCAAGCUCAGCCAAACCGCGUGGGAGAGGAUGGGGGGGAUGCUCUGGAACUUCAAGGGUGACUUCCAGAACAUGGAGGACAAAAUGGUGACCCUACAGGUUGUGCUUAGCUACGCUGACAAGCGUUCCCGAGGGAGAGGGACUGACGACGAUGCAUUGGCACAACAUUGGCUCAAGAAGUACAAGUCUGUUGCCUACGACAUCGAAGACGCGAUGGAUGAGCUGGAGGGUAAUGCAACUAUAUGGAAAAGGAGCCCAAGCAAGGUUAAAUUGGUCUUUUCAUCUGUCAAUCCACUUAUUGUGCGUAUUUCCAUGUCAAAUAAGAUGAGAAGUAUCAGGCUGCAGUUAGAUAGUAUUGCUGAGGAUGCCAAUAAAUUUAAUUUCCUCUCAUCGUCCGCGUCGUCAACAGAGCAAACUAAUAAUGAAAGGGGGAGAGAAACGUAUAUUGGUGCCAGAGAUGAUAUUCAGAUGGUGGGAAGGGAAAGAGAGAAGAAGCAUAUCCUCAAGCUGUUGCAAAACCACGGAGAUAAAGAAAAAUCUAUCAUUCCCAUUGUUGGCCUUGGUGGAUUGGGUAAAACAACUAUGGCAAAAUUUGUGUACACUCUCAAGGAAUCAGAUGAGUUUCGCUUUGAUCUAAAAGCAUGGGUCUAUGUCUCAAUGGACUUCAAACUAGAGAAAGUUAUUUCUGAUACUAUCUCUGAGCUAGAUGGUCGUCUUCCAGUUAAAGAUGCUACUCUGCAUUAUCUAAAAUCUCAGCUUGACAAAAUACUCUAUGACAAGGUCUAUCUCAUUGUCUUAGAUGAUUUGUGGGAGGAAAGUGUACAUACUUUGGAGGAGUUGGUGACCAUGUUACAAUCUGGAAAGAAAGGCAGCAAGAUAGUAGUAACCACUCGUAGUGAGAAGGUUGCUAGUACACUCUCUGUCGUGGGGUCUUCACAUUUUCAUACGGUUGAACCAAUUAAACUAGAGGGUUUAUCAGAUGAUGAGUGCUGGUCUAUCAUGAAGCCUAAGAAUUUAGGAGAUGAUCAAAUUACUGACUUUGUGGACAUUGGUAAAGAAAUUGCAAAACAGUGCAAUGGAGUACCUCUAGUUGCUAAGGCUCUUGGUUACGUGAUGCGGAAGAAUUGUACAAGAGAAGCAUGGCUUGAAAUCAAGGACAGUAAUAUAAUGGAUAUCAAGGAUGAUGACAAGGGAAUUCUGAAGGGUCUGCUGCGAAGCUAUCACCACAUGCCUCCACAACUUAAACUUUGUUUCAUGUAUUGCUCUAUCUUUCCUAAGAGUCGUGAUAUUGAUCAUGACAGCUUGAUCCAGCAAUGGAUUGCUUUAGGGUUUAUUCAGGGUCCUGACGGGCAACUUCAAAAGAUUGGUAUUGAAUAUAUUAAUGAAUUCUUGGGGAUGUCCUUCCUUAAUAUCUUGACGUAUCUUACAGUAUCAUCUACAAGGUCAUUCAAACCCACACAUAGCCUUCGUAUGCAUGAUAUGGUACAUGAUCUUGCAAGACAUGUUGCUAGUAACGAAUUAUCGUACACAGAUGGUACAGAAAACAUCAAUACUCAAUGGGUCAAGUUGAAUUGCAACUAUUUAUUGUUAAAUCAGAACAAGACACUAUCGACCUAUAUAGCUUUGCCAACAAAUGUCAGGGCCAUCAGUUUUAGGGAAUGUGAUAAACUACAACUUCCCCAGCAAGCAUUCUCACACACAUUAUAUUUGAGAAUCUUGGAUAUGAGUGGAUGCCAUGUGUCAAAGCUGCCGGUUUCUGUUUAUAAAUUAAAACUAUUAAGGUAUCUUGAUGCAUCUACCCUUCCUAUCUCAAACUUACCUAAAUCCUUGAACCUUCUACUAAACCUGCAAACCUUGAUACUUUCAAAUACUUCUCUGAACACAUUACCCACAAACAUCGGUAACCUUCAGAAGCUGCAAUACUUUAACCUAUUAGGAUGUGUCAGCCUUUGUGAGCUUCCCAUCUCUUUUGGAAACCUUAGUUCUCUACUCUUCCUAAACUUGGCAAGCUGCCAUGAACUGCAUACACUUCCAGAAUUCUUUGGUAGGUUGAAUAAGCUUCAAUUUUUGAACCUAUCCAACUGCUACAAACUCCACUCACUACCAGAAUCUUGUUCGCAGCUUCAUGAUCUAGCACAUCUUGAUCUGUCAGACUGCCAUAACCUUGAAGAGAUCACAGAUUGGAUCGGUAAUCUCUCUAAGCUUGAAUAUCUGAACAUGUCAAGUUGUUCCAAGGUUCAAAUUUUGCCAGAUCCUCUAUGCGAACUCAAGAUGUUAAAGCGUCUAGAUUUGUCAUUCUGUAUAAAGCUCGAACAUCUACCUUCUUCUAUUGGUGAUUUACGAAUUGAAACUUUGGAUAUUGAAGGCUGUUUUUUCCUUCGUAACUUACAGAGAGCAUUUUUAGUAUCUUGACAAUUAAAAUUGUUGAAGCGGAAAUAUCAAUAGUAGGUGAACAUGAAAAACUAAGAGAGUGUUUGAACUUACAAGGGUCUUUUGAGCUUGAUGGAGGAAUCGGUGAUCUAUGGACUCAAAUUGCACAGCUUGA